UUUAUUGGAGAUUCUGAGUAGGAUGAUGAACACUGACCUUUAAUCGUAAAUGUUAAUUGAGUUUCAGGAGUUUUCAAGAACUUGAAAGGUCAGCAUGGCAGAUCCUGCCGUCCCGGAGUGUCUUGAAGAAGUACAGAAUCUGUCCAAGCAUCUGGGACUCGUCCGAAACAAACCCGGCGAGACUCUUUGGCAAAUCUCCGUGGAAACAGAGGAGUACAAAGUACUGCCGGUGACUCCACAAAAAACAGACGGGGAGUCGAAAACGCUCAGUGCUCUUUCCGGGAUCUACGGGGUUCUCGUAGGAAGCGAAUUCGUUUCUUGGUUCCAUGUCAAAGAAUCUGCCAACAUUUUUAUCUGGCAUCGGGGAGCAUCCACUGUACUGAUCGACGAAGAAGGAAAACAUUCCGUGCACCAGCUCGGGGACCCUUUGGAGAACCCCGAGGCGAAAUAUUUGAUCAAACUCUCAGGGAGUUCGUGGCACGCAGUGGAACUCAAGAACAAAACCGGGUUCGCUGUAUACAACUGCAUGACCGCCCCAGGAUUUUCUUGGGAAAAACUCGAGACGCCGACGACUGAAGAGAUGCUGGCCAAGUUCCCGGCUCUUGAAGACACAAUCCGAGCAUUUCCUCGAAAAGCCUCAGAAGUUUGAAUCCAACUUUGAUUGGUACGUUUCGAAAAUGGAACGAACAGUUUUUUGAUUUCCUCUUUUUGAAGAUGCAUGUAAAAACUACAUCGCAAAAAGUCACAAAUAUAAGUAAAUGUUUCUUGCCUUUAAGCCAUCAACUUUAUGUAGGAAAUAAUUUAAGAUUAUUAUUUCAAUCUCACUAUUACGCGGCCGUUGAACUAAAAUUGAAUAUAAUUCCCUUUGCGACCGUAUGCAGUGAAAUACUGUAUGAGGACCCAUCUACCAAUUUUUGAACGUAAAAAUAACUACAUACUUUUUACCAACAUUUGUUGGCUGUGGCGUGGAUGUUACAUGUCUGUGAAUCGGAUCAAGAAGAAACAUAUUGUGGAAUUGGAAUCAA